ACGCGCCUCUCGCUCGCGCCUCUCUCCGUCGCUUGAGGGGGCGGGGCAUCCCCCUCGGCCAAUCGAGCACCAGCGCGUCACCAGCGCGCUCCCCCCGCCCCUUUUUCCCUCCAGUCCUGUCUCCGCGCGCGCACGCGCAGUCCGGGCUGCAGUGUUGGAACUUGGCAAGAGGGAGGAUGCGGAGGGAGAGGAUGGAGCGGAGCAGCUGAAGGCGGCCGGUGAAGGGGAGCCAUGGGCCUGGGCGCCAGCUCCGAGAGUCCCGAGGGGGGCUCCGAGGGCUACCAUGUGCACGGGGUCCAAGACAACUCGCCGGCUCAGCUGGCUGGAUUGGAGCCAUUCUUUGACUUCAUUCUGACAAUAGGACACACCAGACUGAAUAAAGAGGGUGACACCCUGAAAGAUCUGCUGAAGGCCAACGUGGAGAAGGCUGUGAAACUGGAAGUCUACAACAUCAAAACAAUGAAGGUCCGAGAGGUGGAGGUGACCCCCAGCAACAUGUGGGGAGGGCAAGGCCUCCUGGGAGCCAGCGUGAGGUUCUGCAGUUUCCAAGGUGCCAACGAACAUGUUUGGCAUGUGCUGGAUGUGGAGCCAGGUUCGCCAGCAGCAUUAGCUGGCCUGAGGCCACACAUAGACUACAUUGUUGGAUCGGAUCAGAUACUUCAGGAGUCAGAAGAUUUCUUCUCCCUGAUUGAAUCCCAUGAAGGGAAGCCCUUGAAGCUGAUGGUCUACAAUAUGGAAACCGAUUCCUGUCGAGAGGUUUUUGUCACCCCAAAUGGAGCCUGGGGUGGAGAAGGGAGUUUAGGGUGUGGGAUUGGAUAUGGCUAUUUGCACAGAAUCCCAACACAGCCUUCUGUGCCAAAGAAGAAAACAGAUGCCAAUCCCACUUCUUCCCCAUCAGGAGACACACCUGCAGAGCCCCCCUCGAAUGGCUAUACAGAGGCACCUCUGUUAGCAGCUAAUGCCCAAAGUGAGGAAUCCACAGUCCUCGAUUACAGCACCACUCAAAGUGUGACUGUGUAUCCAGUCGAAAAUUCUCUUCAUCCGCCUCCUCCGGUCCAGAGAGUCAUGGAUCCAGGUUUUAUAGAUAUGUCUGGGGCUUCAUUUCCUGAAUUGAUUGACUUAGUGAAAACAAUCAAUGUGCCUUCUUCCUCUGCUACUUUUAACUUAACAGACACACGGACGGCAACUGACAGCUUAGAAACUCACACUGCAGAGCAGCCACAUUUGGAUCAAGCCACCCUUCCAGUGCCAGAAGAUCCAACAUCAUCUUACCCAGCCUCACAGGAAGGAAGGCCUUUGGACUCCCCUUUACCAUCCCUGGACCUCUCUGUAAAUGCCGCACCACAACUUGAUGAUGGUGCUCCAGAAACGUGUCUACUCCCAGAAGGGACUGAGAGUCCCUCGUUGUCCAAAACAUUGCAGAGUGACAGUGAUGACAGAAAGAGUGAGGAACUGAGAGAAGAAGCUUCGUAGCCCUCAGCGUGACAGCCCUCCCUGAUGCUUUAAGAAUUCCAGGACCUGCAAAGCUGGCCCAGAGAUGCCCAAAGACUGCAAUACAACAAGAUCCAAGCUUCCUCCUCUGGCAUCUCCCCACACAAAUCACCAUUAGUUGCUGACUCAUAAACUUGCACAUAUGGGUAACUGGUGCUCAAGAAUAAUGCUGAGUUUGAGAAAAAGGUUUUAGGUGAAGUGCUGCUUUAUAGGAAUAUUGUCAUGACCCUAUAAACAACUGCCAAAAUGGCUAACAGGAAGAGUGUAGUUGAUAGACCAGCAAGCACACUGGACUCUAGUUUUCAGUGUUUGUCAUCUUGUUUGAAUUCUGACCAUUGUACGUUCCUUGCUCAAAGCCCAUGAGACUAGAAAUGGUUUUGAUUUUUAAAACUUAUUUAAUAGUUUCACAGGAAUAAUUUUUAGAACUUGAGCGAGUGUUUUAGAAACUGAGUUAGGACUCAACUCAGAAUGGAAAAGAUAUGAUGAAGUAUUCAUUCAGAUCGUUAGGACAUGGUCCAGGCCUGCACCCCACACUGCUAAUGCAGUCAUCUCUCCACAUUUGAGAUUUUGACUUCCGCAUAUUGCAUUAAAAUGUUCUGUCUGGGAAUCUCUUUAAGUCCUUCUGUCAUGUUGAAAAACCUAGAUUUCAAGAGAAUGGCUCUCUAGGUCCUCCAGUGUAAUUCGGUGGUCAGCCUCCAGCAGGUUCACCAUACAGCCAUUUUAAAUGAACUAUACAUUUCUAAUGUAUUCCAUCAGGUUAAAAAAAAUAGCAAUUUUUUAUUUGCCUUUUCUUCACUUUUGCAGGGGCACUAUGCCCCUAAUCCAAGUGGUAAUGGAGAGCUGACUGUAUGCCACAGGCAUUUUUGUACAUUGCAAAAAUGUUCAAAAGGUACAUUGUUACUGUGUGGAUUGAGGUGUGAUGCCGGCUUCACCCUUGAAAACUCACAUUAGUAGGCGAAUGUGCUAAAGACAGAAACAGCAUUGGUAGGGAAUAGCUAUGAGCCAAACAGACUGGAUCAUGCCCUUAGGCUGAACUGUACUUUCAAACCCCAAACUGCUUAUUUGCAACUGUUUGGCUUUUUUAUGCAGAAAUCUACUUUGUGGCCAACAUAAAAGUUACCUUCAGAUUGGAUAAUUCAGCAAUUUCAUUUUAUGUUUACCUUUUAACUGGGAAUACAUGUUGCACAAAAGGUUCUCCAGAGCCUUUCUCAUCUGUUCAAGGUUGAGAUUUUAAGAUGAAAUAAAUUAACAUAUCAUUAACUUACUUGACCAGUUGGUAGAUGCCUAUUCUCAUUUGAGAUGCAUGCUAGUGAGAAAAUCUGCCAUGGCAUUUCUCACUAGAGGUUGGUUCUUUGGACCUCUAACACUACUGAAAAUGAACGUGUUUUCUUCCAAUGGAAAUAAUGGAGGCACUUCAGAUUUACCUUUUAGUCUCUAGCCCCUAUUCUGGAAUGGUUUUUAUGAAUCAGUUUUGAUUCACUGGUUCAGUUUCCUGGAAGACUGGAAAUAAAUGCUUUUGAAUGUGCAAAGUCAUUUAUUUAAAAAAAUCCAACUCUGCAGGCCUUCAACCUGACCGUAGUUCCCCUUCAUAGAAUCAUAGAAUAGUAGAGUUGGAAGAGACCACAUGGGCCAUCUAGUCCAACCCCCUGCUAAGAAGCAGGAAAUCGCAUUCAAAGCACCCCCGACAGAUGGCCAUCCAGCCUCUGCUUAAAAGCCUCCAAGGAAGGAGCCUCCACCACGGCCCCGGGGAGAGAGUUCCACUGUCGAACAGCCCUUCUCACAGUGAGGAAGUUCUUCCUGAUGUUCAGGUGGAAUCUCCUUUCCUGUAGUUCGAAGAACUACAUAACAGACCUAUUGUAAUACUCUCUGUGUGUGCCCAGCCCUCUUUACAAACAUCAGGGAUCAGUUCAGCAAGCUGUAAAGAGAUAUGCACAUACCUUUCUGUACCAAUAAAAAUCUUAGUCUCAGUGCAUGCUCUUUGUAUUCAAAAUUGUACCAUAUAGUGUUCCCUCACUACUUCUCGGUUCACUUUUUGCGGAUUCUCUGUUUUGCGUUUUUUCAAUAAAUUCUAAAAGAUUA